AAAACACAAAAUACUUGGAAAUAAGAGGCGGUAGCAGCAAUGGCAAAUAUAAUUGACAUAACUCUAGACACCAUCGAGUCUUUGAACGACUCCGUGGAGGCCUUUGAUAUUUGCGAUCGUUUUGAGAUAUACACUGACGACAUUGAAGAUCUACAGGAUCUAAAAGAAAGGCUUCGCUUACAUUUCGAGGCAGAACACUCUCAAGUUCCCAGAUUGGAAAGGGCCGCUGAUGUUUUCGCUGAACUACGAGAGAAUGAUACGCAAAGAAGAAAUGCACUUCAGUCGAUCUUUAAAACCAUUAAGGAGUCCCUACCAUUACUUGACUUGAGCAUCUUAAAGAGACUGGAAGCUGAGAAUGUUGUAUCUGAGAGCGCAGACACAAACGUGCGUAAAAGGAUCACCAUGCUCGAAACUGGUAACUGCCCAAUACUUGUAGCAGGCGAAACUUCUUCGGGGAAGAGCACGCUUUUGAACCUUCUCCUUGGCAAAAAGAUCCUACCGGAAGCCCAUUUAAGCUGCACAGCAGCGAUCACAAGAAUAAAGUAUGGAGAAGAACCUAGAGUAUUCAAAGUGACACACCAACCCGACGGCAGCAGAAAGUCGUCGGAAGUCCCCAUAAAGAAGCCUGAUGAUUUGUGCUCGUCUUUGGAGCCUGUUCUAUUUCCUAAAGGUGCAGCGAGGGAGGAUGAACUGGAAAAGUGCACUGUUGAUGUUUAUUUGCCAUUUGAACUGUUAAAGAGUGGUGUGUAUAUCAUCGACAGCCCUGGUAUUGGUGAGAGUGGUGUCAUGGAUGACGUGGUUCUUGACUUCAUUGCCAACAAUGACGUCUUUGCCUUCAUUUACGUCAUUAUGACUGAUAAGUCAGGCGGAGUACAAGAAGAUAGGAUCCAAAAAUUGCUCCGGCAACUUCAAGAUAUGAAGGAUACUGCUGGAGAGCCAAUAUUUGACCCUGGCUGUGCUAUUUUUGUCUGCAACCGCUGGGAUCUGGUGCCAGAGGACGCAAGGGAAAAGGCUUUAGAGAACGUAAAUUUGGCAGUAAGUGAGGGCUGGAACCGGCCCAUGGAUUCAUCAAAGCAGAUAUUUACCCUUUCUGCUAAAAUGGCGUGGCAGCACAGUCAGGCUGGGUACAUGACUCACGACUACAGGCGGCUGGUCAGAGGCAUCAAGGGCCUGAUUCCAGUGAGUUUGCAAAGAAGGACGGAGCAUGUGCACCGAUGGGGCAAACAUAUGGUAGAGCGCACUAUAGAUUGUGCUCAGCAGUAUCUUCAUUCUGCCAAUUUGACAAGGGAUGAACUUGAGGCUCAGCACAACUCCCAGAAGAAACGGCUGGACAGACUUGAGAAAAAGUCGGAAGAAAUUUUGAAAAAACUAGACGAACAUCUUUAUAAAGAAUGUGAAACCAUUACUGAUUCUUUAUCUAAAUAUCUUAGCAGCGAUCCUGUCUGUGCUCAAGUUACCUCUUGGACCAAUGCCGAAGCUCCUUAUGGGUUUAGUUGGAACUAUUUAGAAGGAAGAAUAGAAGAUGCCAUCUGUAAAAGAAUCAUUGAUGCCAUCAGGUCUUGGGAAACGGACGAAAAACAUUUUGAAACUCUGAAGAAAGACUUGUUCAAAAAAUUCACUAGAGAAUUCCAGUUAAUUGAAUCUGAGCUGCGCAUGAUUGAAAACAUGCUGGAACGGUCCUCGGAAACAGAUUCCAGUGAAAGUAGAGAUUUGGCGGCCUACAUGGAAUUACAAGACCUAAUGGACAAUGAGGUGAACAAAAUGUCAAUUGUAGACUUUAACCUAGGUGAAAAAAUUGCACUCGGUUUAUUUUCACCUAUCAUUUUACCCAUUGGUGCGUUGGGUAUGCUUCUCGCGUCACCGGCAUUUCUUUUUGUUGACGUAAAAAAACAUGUAAGGAAGAGGAAAGAAAAACAAAUCUUAAAGCAAUAUGACCAGAAGAAAUGUGAAUUUCUUCGAGAUAGGUCAUCCGAGGCUUUGAAAAUAAUGGCUAAGCGUGAUGUUACAAAGGCCUACGUCGAUGCUCAACUCCAAGAGGCCAGGGAUCAUCUACAGAUGAUGCGCGAGUCCAUUCCACAGCUUAUAUCAUCAACAAGAAAGUACAUGCAGUCCAUUAAAGAAGAUCAACGGUCUAAAGAGCAGCUCAUCGACACCUAUGACCCUGUCGUCAAGAAGUUUACCAGAGUUAACCGUGCGCUGGAAGAUUUUGCUAUUACACGUCUUUUAUCGUACGAUUAUAACGAGACAGAUGUGGAAGCAGACAUCAGACUUGUUAAAGGACCAACGUCAUAUAAAGGAAACUGGACUGAAGUUUUCUCUGCCAUCUUAAAAUCUCCAAAGGGUCAAUCCCUCAAAAUAUCUGUAAAACGAUAUAAAGGGGCUACAUGUGAAAAGCAAGUACGUGAAGAUAUCAUUGAAAUGAGAAAAAUGAAGCAACAAAAGAGGAGAUUCAUUCCUACCAUACUGGGUACUUAUUUGGACCCCACAACUGAACUGCCAUCUCUUAUCUUGACCCCGCGUUUGACCAGUUUGAGGGUCCUCAGCAGUGGCAAGGGUAGUCGAAAAGUCGUCCCGGGUCAGCUGGUCCAAUGUUUACUCAAAGAACCGAUAGAUUGUCUAAUCCAACUGGCGGCUGCCUUGGCCUACCUGCACAAGAACGGCUUCGUCUGUUUGGAUUUGUCUAUGGAUACAGUUAUGAUCACCGCUGGGCGGGAUAAAACCGUGAAGUUAGUGAACAUCAGCAAACCUGUCACGAUGCCACCCCCAGAUCCCAACUCCACCAUAGGGUCUAUGGUUUAUCUCCCCUACAGCGUCCUCGAUGGCACCAAACCUUACGAUGCUGAUGCCAACAUCUACGCCCUUGGGCUCAUGAUGUGGGAGAUAUGGCAUAAUGAACAUGUGUACAAAAGCCAGAGAAUUCUUGUAGUUGGAGACUUCAUUGCCGGCAUUAGGCAGGGCAACUUCCCCCCAGAGUUUGAAACUGGUAAAAUGGACCCGACCUUGGAGGCAUAUUGGGAGAAGACCAUGAGGGCUUGUCUAUCCGGGGAAAUCGCCAUAAAAGACUGCAGAGAUCGGAUGCAUGGAAUAAAGGAUUUACUGAACCGAAAAGAAAGUGCUGUGUGAUGGUGUUAAUUGUCAUUAAACGGCAGAACAGAUUCUGCUUCUGUCUGGCACCCGUCUGCCAUUGAUGCACUACAGAGUGAACUUUUACAAAGAUCAGGUUAUCAAGUCACGGCAGAAUACCUUCACAAGGCAAAAUGACUGGAUUGCAGAUCGUAAAGAUGAACUAGCCGAGAAAGAAACAUUGCUGGUAGCUUUUCAUAUAUAUAUUCUGUACAAUAACAAGGUGUUUGGGGAAUAUUUACCAGAUAAAAUAUUUAAUUCAUUGGACUACUACUGAUUUUAUCUUGGGUCAAAUAAAAAGUAUUGGCCAGGAAGUUGAGACCAAUUUUCAUUUUUUUAGAUAUUGUGUGAAACAGGGCCUAGAUUUUUUACUUAUCCACGGGCUAUGCUUAUCUUAAGGUUUUUUGGAUGGAUAACAGACUUGAAAG